AUGGCAGGCUAUAUUUGUGGCAUAUACUACAUCCUCCCAGGCCACUCCGUCUUCGGGCAAGUGAAGCGACAAUACCUUCCACAAAUCGACCUACAAGCCCAUACGACAAUCUUGUCCACGACGUCGCGCACAACUCUCACGCAAACUUUCGUCAAUCCAUCCGAGUCGAAAGGAAUCAAGGAGCUAAAAUUCACAUUCCCGCUCUAUGACGGAGUCAGUGUUGUCGGCUUCCAAUGCCGUGUAGGAGAUAGAACUAUCAUAGGCGAGGUGAAAGAGAGGAAAAAGGCUAAAGCUGUCUACAAAGAAGCUGUCGCUCGAGGAGAGACUGCAGGUGUUUUCGAGCAACUCCCGGAUGCCUCUGAUGUUUUCACCACCACUGUGGGAAACGUGCCCCCUAGAGCUUCACUCGUCACUGAGAUAACUUAUCUUGGUGAGCUGAAGCAUGACGCUGAGAUCGAUGGUAUACGUUUCACAAUUCCCACUAUCAUCGCCCCGCGGUAUGGGAGCUAUCCAGGAGACCUGGCCGGAAGUGCGAAGAAUACCCAAGGCAAAGGUAUCCAGAUCACUGUCGAUGUUGAGAUGCCCCAAAACUCCUUCAUCCAGCAAAUGCGAUCGCCUAGCCACCCCAUAUCCGUCACAAUGGGAAACACAUCUCUUGCCCCUAACGCUGAGCCUAAAAUGACCUCGGCAUCAGCAACCCUCAGUCUUGGUAGUGCUGAGCUCGACAAGGAUUUUAUUCUACAAGUCGUAUCAAAGAACACUGGAGUACCGACUGCUAUACUCGAAACCCAUCCUACACUCCCUAAUCAGCGCGCCUUGAUGGCAACUCUAGUGCCGACAUUUUCACUCCCACCUGAGAGGCCAGAAGUUGUUUUCAUCUGUGACCGAAGCGGUAGCAUGGCGGGCAGCAAGAUUCCGCUCGUCAUCAGUGCCCUGAAAGUCUUCCUGAAGUCUCUGCCUCUUGGUGUAAAGUUUAACAUCUGCUCCUUCGGUUCUCAUCACUCAUUCCUAUGGGAUAAGAGCAAGUCCUACAGCCAAUCGAGUCUUGAUGAAGCUAUUGAAUACGUAGAUACCUUCCGGGCAGAUUAUGGGGGCACCGAGAUGUUCGCACCAAUCAAGGCCACUUUGGAACGACGAUACAAAGACAUCCCACUUGAAGUGAUGCUACUUACCGAUGGCGAAAUUUGGGAUCAGGAGACCCUGUUCUCAUACCUUAAUAAGGAAGUCAUCGAAAGUAAGGCAUCAAUACGCGUGUUCACCUUGGGUAUUGGGAACGGUGUUUCUCAUGCGCUCAUCGAAGGCGUUGCAAAGGCUGGCAAUGGGUUUUCCCAGGCAGUGGGCGAAGGCGAGAAGCUUGACAGCAAGGUUGUUCGCAUGUUGAAGGGUGCAUUGUCGCCGCACGUCACUGACUACAGCUUGGAGGUGAAAUACGUUGACGACGACAGCUUGACUCUCGACGAUGAGUUCGAGAUCGUUGAGAAAGUGAUCGACAGUUUGAGCAUCAAGACAACGGAGGAGACAACGAAAGACGAACCAAAAAAGCCAAUAUCAUUAUUCGAUCCGUCGGUGAACCUAGACAAGGAUGAACCCGCUCCUAUUGAUGAAUCUGGCCAAGCGCGUUACGCCCACCUCCCAACGAUUGCGGUACCGAGCGUGCUUCAAGCGCCCCAGAACAUUCCUCCUCUUUUCCCAUUCAAUCGGACCAGUGUGUAUCUACUUCUGGGCCCUAGCUCCGUACAAAAAAAACUUAAGUCAGUGGUUCUUCGCGGCACUUCAACACAUGGGCCGCUAGAACUCGAGAUCCCAGUUCAGAUUCUCGACAUUCCAGGGGAAACUAUUCACCAAUUGGCAGCAAAGAAAGCAAUCGCAGAGCUAGAGCAGGGCCGCGGCUGGCUUACAGAAGCAAAAGACGAAGCGCAAAAAUUACUGAAAAAGAAAUAUGAAAGUCGUUUCGAAGACAUGGUGGAGCGCGAAGCAGUUCGGCUUGGCGUCCAGUAUCAAGUUGGUGGGAAAUGGUGCUCAUUUGUUGCUGUUGAGAGCAACAAGGCCAAUAAAUCUGCGUCUGACGACUCCACUUUGGUUAACGUGGAAUGGCUCGAUGUACCUAGCACCAGCUCUACAUCGUCACAUUCGGCGACUCAGCCA